AUGACUAGCCGAGGAGGAGCCCGUCACAUAACAAUCAAGCACCAUCACCCGGUGCAUAGCUCUAGCGAGGAGGAGGAAUCUUCCCAACAAGAGGACUCUAGCUACGACGACGAGCAGGACGAGACUUGGGACGGUUACGACGACGACGAGGUCGACCCUUCCGACUCGGCGUCCGUGAGUCAAGACCGGCGAUCACGAUCACGCUCACGCUCACGUUCCCGGUCGGCCAACCCCUACCGCCAGCAUAGACUCUACGAUCGUAACUCCUUCCAUCGGCCGCCGCCGACCCAAUCCGACAGUCUGGAUCAAUCAGAUGACUACCCGGCCCCGUGGGGGGCGCGUGGUGGAUAUGGACCCCCUCCGGGUGCCUUCUAUGGGGGACGGGGCGGACCUCCAGGAGCAGGAUACCCGCAGAGCACCGUUGGAGGCUUCAUGCCGCCGGGUCCGGGUCCGGCUCCCUACCACCAGGGUAAUCAGGUAAUUCCCUACAAUUACCCGAACCCCUUCACGCCUAUGUCGAGCAACGGCGGCGCCAAUUACUUCGGCGACCCCAGAGAUAGCUAUGGCGUCGCCCCGUACCAGCCUAACGGCCAUUACGGCUACGGCGGCUACGGUGUUGGCGUUCCCCCGCAUAUGCAGCAAUACCUUCAGACUUACCCUCCGCCGCCACCACCGACAGAAGCUCCUGCGCCCAAACCCGCUACGCCAGCCCCGCCACCGAAGGAGCCGAGCCCGAGUCCCGAAAUGAUUAAAAUGAAGGCCGAACUUCAACUGUACAGGGAAGAGCAACGGAUGAAAGUCGAGGCUGAGAAGCGAAAGGAACUGGAGGAGAAGAUUCGCAAGGAUACCGAAGAAGCCAUUGCCAGGAAACUUGAGGCCAUGAAGCUGGCGCAAGAAGAAACUCAGAAAGAGAUUGCGAGGGCAAAGAGAGAAGCGGAGAAGGCAGCUCGCGAAGCCAUCGAGGCAGAACGGAGAGCUCAAGAAGAACAGAGGCGGAUCCGAGAGGAAGAGAUCAAGCGUGUUCAAAGGGAAGCCCGCGAAAAAUUCGAAGCCGAGCUGAAGGCCCAAGCUGAAGCGAUCGAGGCAGAAAAGAGAGCUCAAGAAGAACAGAGACGUUUCCGAGAGGAAGAAAUCAAGCGUGUUCAAAGGGAAGCCCGCGAAAAAUUCGAGGCCGAGCUGAAGGCCCAAGCUGAGGCGAAGAGGCGCGAGGAAGAGGCCGUACGACGCGCUGAGGAAGCUGCUAGGUUGCGGCUCGAGAUGGAACGGAAGCUUGAGGAAGAAGCUAGGGCAGCAGCGAAGAAACGGGAAGAGGAGGCUAUAAAGCAUGCCGAAGAAGCUGCCAGGAUGCGACUCGAGAUGGAGAGGAGGCUCGAGGAGGAGGCUAAGGCUAAGGCAGCGAAGAAGGCAGCCGAGGAAGAAGCCUACAAGAAGAGGCUAGAGGAAGAGUCCAAGAUCAAGGCGGAACUCGAGGCGCGCCAAAAGAUAGAAAAGGAAAAGGAAGAAGCUGCGGCGGCGGCGGCUGCUGCAGAGGCGAAGAAGCAGGAGGAAGAGGCUCUGAAGAAGCGGGUGCAAGAAGAGACGAGAGCGAAGGUUGCCGCUGAGGCGAAGAAGGCGGCAGAGAAGGCCCCCAUCAAGUUUAAGGAUGCUGUUGGCAGGAAGUUCAGCUUCCCGUUUCAUCUUUGCCAGACCUGGCCUGGAAUGGAGGAAUUAAUUAAGCAAGCAUUCCAAUCCGUUGAUGUCAUUGGGCCACUAGUUCAGCGUGGCAUGUUUGAUCUCAUCGGACCCAACGGAGAGAUUAUCCUCCCCCAGGUUUGGGAAAAGGUCAUCGAGCCGGACUGGCAAAUUACCAUGGUUAUGUGGCCUCCUGCGAAUAGGGAGAAGCUGCAUCCCGACCACCCACACUUCCGUCUUCGAGGAGGAAUCCCUGGCCGCCCCGGAAUCUCUAUCCAGCCUCCCAUCGGUCGACGCGCAGGGGGAGCAAUGGGGAACCCCCCACCGCCUCCCGAUUGGCGUGGUGCCCCUCCAAAGCCUCCUGGCGGGCGAUCGAACAUCCCCGUAGGCGUCGAUAUCGUCAACGUUGAAAAGGAAAAGCGGUCCAAGAAGUCGAGCGGAGGAGCGUUCCUGAACUGGAUGUCUGGAACGCAGCCCAAGAAGAGUAGCAAGAAGAAGAAAUAA